GCUGCAAAGAAAGAAAAGGCGACAAUCAAACCUGAGGAAGAAGUAUUUGUGAAUUUAACCCCUGAUGGAGAGAAAAAAGAUAUGAGUAACCCAAUGGCAAAUGGAUACAACCCACCUGCUGUGGAAGCGGCUUGGUACUCUUGGUGGGUCAAAUCUGGAUUCUUUGAACCCGAAUAUGGACCAGAUGGGGACAUCAAACCCGCUGGAAUGUUCGUCGUACCGGCUCCACCCCCAAACGUAACCGGAAGUUUGCAUAUUGGCCAUGCUUUGACAAUUGCUAUCCAAGAUACGUUGGUGAGAUGGAACCGGAUGUUAGGCAAGACGGUGCUGUUCAAUCCCGGCUUUGAUCAUGCUGGUAUUUCAACGCAAUCGGUUGUAGAGAAACGACUAUUCAAAUCUACAGGUCAAACCCGACAUGAUCUAGGACGUGAAAAGUUUUUGGAGAGGGUAUUCUCCUGGAAAGAAGAGUAUCAAUCAUGCAUCACCAAUCAAUUGAAUCGUCUCGGUGCUUCGUAUGAUUGGAGUCGAGCAAGGUUUACCAUGGAUCCACAACUUUCAAAAGCGGUCGUCGAGGCAUUCGUCCGCUUACACGACGAAGGUGUCAUCUACAGAUCAAAUCGACUAGUCAACUGGUGUGUUAGACUGAAUACUGCGUUGUCCAAUGAAGAAGUCGAUCAGUUGGAAAUCAAGGGCAAGACGAUGUUGACGGUACCAGGAUAUGAGCCGACGGAGAGAUUUGAAUUUGGAACUAUGGUCUACUUUGCGUGGGAAAUUGAGGGCACAAGCGAAAGAAUCACUGUAGGAACAACUCGUCCGGAGACCAUCUUGGGAGAUGUGGCAAUCGCUGUGCACCCUGAGGAUGAACGGUACAAGCACCUGGUAGGAAAGCGACCUAUCCAUCCUUUCAUUCCAUCUCGAAAGAUGGUCAUUGUGGCCGAUGAACUAGCUGAUCCCACCAAAGGUACUGGAGCGGUCAAGAUCACCCCUGCGCAUUCUUUUGAGGAUUACGAGGUCGGAGUGAGACACAAAUUAGAAAUGAUCAACGUGCUCAAUGACGAUGGAACUAUGAACUCCAACGCGCCUGCUCCAUAUGCCGGAAUGAAACGUUUCCACGCAAGGAAAGCAAUCGUGAUCGCCUUGAAGGAAAAGGGUCUUUGGAUCGAAACUAAGGAUAAUGGAACCAUGCAACUUCCUGUAUGUGCAAAGAGUGGGGACUUUAUAGAGCCACUCAUUAAGCCACAAUGGUGGGUAAACUGCAAAGACCUUGCGCAAGAAGCUAUCAAGCGAGCGCAAGACGGCGAGUUGAAACUUUUCCCGAAAGCUACUGAACGGGAGUGGUACAGUUGGUUGGAAGGAAUGCGUGAUUGGUGUAUAUCACGACAACUAUGGUGGGGACAUCGAUGCCCUGUAUACUUUGUGAACAUCGAGGGCAAACAACAAGACGAAACCGACGGCUCUUAUUGGGUUGCAGGACGGACUCAGGAAGAAGCUGAGGAGAAAGCAAAACGCAUGUUUCCUAAUGACAAAUUUGUCUUGAGACAAGACGAAGAUGUGCUCGAUACCUGGUUCUCAUCUGGUCUCUGGCCCUUUUCAAUCAUGGGGUGGCCAGACAAGACUCCAGAUUUCGAAAAGUUUUAUCCAGCCUCGCUCUUGGAAACAGGAUGGGAUAUCAUCUUCUUUUGGGUAGCCAAGAUGACGAUUCUUGGUGUGAAACUCACGGGCAAGAUGCCUUUCAACGAGGUGUUUUGUCAUGCUAUGAUUCGUGAUGCCCACGGCCGAAAAAUGUCAAAGAGUAAAGGAAAUGUGAUCGACCCGAUUGAUGUGAUUGAUGGAAUAUCCCUCGAUAGUCUUCAUGGAAAAUUGCAAUCAGGUAACCUCGACGCAAAGGAGUUGAAGACCGCCUUGGCUGGUCAAAAGGCAGACUUUGGAAAAACUAAUGGUAUUCCACAAUGCGGGGCUGAUGCUUUACGAUUUGCAUUGUGUGCUUAUACUUCCUCUGGUCGCUCAAUUAACCUGGAUGUACUUCGAGUUGAGGGUUAUCGAAAGUUUUGCAAUAAACUUUGGAACGCAACAAAAUUCGCCUUGUUGAAGCUAGACGAAAAUUUCGUUCCCAGGACCACAAGCGAGCCAACCAAACAGGAAAGCUUAGUUGAACGAUGGAUCCUUCACAGGUUGAACGAAUGUUCACAAACGGUCAACAAAGCUUUAGAAGAUCGCGUAUUUAUGGCUGCUACAUCCGCAGUUUACGAGUUUUGGCUCUACGACCUGUGUGAUGUUUAUAUCGAAGCGAUGAAACCGAUGACUGGCCCCGACGCAACCCCUGCAACCAGCCUUUCAGCUCAGAACACACUCUACACGUGUCUUGACGAAGGUUUGAAAUUGCUCCAUCCUUUCAUGCCAUUUGUCACGGAAGAACUGUGGCAACGCUUACCUCGUCGGCAGCAAGAUACUACCCCUUCAAUCUGCAAAGCCUCUUUCCCUAUCCACAGCACCGUCUUCCAAGAUCAUAGGUCAUUCAAAGACUUUGAACUGGUCUUUGCUGCUAUCAAAGCUGUUCGCUCUAUCGCAGCUCAAUAUGGUCUUCGAACCAACUUGCAAAUCACCGUGUCUGCGGCCGACUCCGAGUCUAUUAGUUUGUUGGAAAGCCAGGCUGAUACAGUGCAGGCAUUGAUCAAAGGAUGCACUUCUGUAAAGAUUGUAACACGCGUUUCAGAAGUCCCUGCCGGAUGUCUGGCUGAGACCAUCAAUGCCAACGUUUCUGUUCACCUACUAGUCGCUGGAGUACUUGACUUGGAUAAGGAGAUUCAAAAGGCCACUAAACGGAUAGAGGCCAUCAACUUAUCUGUCGAUAAGCUACAAAAGCAGAUGCAAGUACCAGACUACGAUACCAAAAUUCCGGAGGAAGUUAGGAAAACAAACUCUGAGAUGCUCUCGAAUCAAGAGCAAGAGAUCCAAACUCUCCAAAGACAAAUUAGCAAUUUUGCCGCUAUGGCAUAAACAACAAAAAGUUGCAUGUGUCUAAAAGUAUUUGAAAGCCUCUCAUCCAGGAUCGUUAUCAUUGAUGCUAAAGUAACUCAUUCGCAUGUUGUAACGCUUUUUAGGAAAGCGGUAGCUGGCGUAGAGUCUCUUUGAUUUCCAAUAUCUUGAAUGAUGGUUUGCAUAUCGCCUCAUUGCUUCUUGUCCGUUGAUUGAGUUUUCUACUGCUAAGAUUUGUCGAGCUGGAAAUGUGAUAGACAAGGUGAAGCCUCUGUGCAGUCACUGUGAAUGAGUAGCGGAACAUUGUAGCUAGCCCAAAGGUCUAUUCAAGAUGUCAUGCACCGUCAAUCUUUGACAUCCUACCUACGCAUGAUACGGUCACAG